AUGACCAACAAGCAAGACCUCAUAUAUCGACAGCAGUCCAUCAGGACGAAGUCUCUCAUGCCCCUGAGAGCACCGGUACGAGGUCGAUACGGCAUCCGGACAGCUGCUUCAUUGCGCGCUUAG